UAUUUCGAAUUUCAAAGCGAACACCCCACAAAGCCCUGCGAAAAUUGCGAAAUACGCCGUCAAGAUGCUGAAAUCUUAUCAGUUGGUUCUCGGAAUAGCUCUGGUCUUUGCCUGCUUCAACCUUGAAACUAGUUCUUUUGCACGAAAUUUCAACGCUAUUCAUCACCGUCAAAAUUCGACUUAUAUGAAGCCAGCCGUCAACUAUCAGCCUGGACCAGGAUUCAAUAAUACCAGACCCAAUUAUGGCGCGUACAACUUGCAGCCGCUGCAGAGCAGUCCGCCGCAAGGAUUCCAAUACCAGUCACCAUUAGCUCCACAACCUGGCUCUGGCUACAAUAACAAUAACAAUAUCUUCGCUCCUCAGCCAGUCUAUGGCGGCGUUUUUCCAAACGGUACUGCACGGUUUAAUCAGACUCAGGCUGGUCGGCCGAAUGGCACCUAUCCCUACAUGAAUCUCUUUAAAUUUUGGUAGACCACCUUUCCUAUACCAAAAGUAAAGCACAUUAGUUGAAUAAAUAACACAAAUUGAGUUCA